AUGAAGUUAUCAUCAAUCGUCGCACAAGGUGUAUUCUUAUCAGGUAUUUUGGCCUCAGGUAAUUCUACUGAUGAAGUCACAAAUAAAGCUAAAGUUCCAGGUCCUGUUCUUUGUUUUGAAGCUAAUCAAAGUCGUUACUGUCAUAAACAUGAUGUUCAAAAAUGUGUUGUUGAGUAUAAAGGUCAAUCUGGACCAUAUCAACGCAGUACUAAAGAUGCCCUUAGCUAUUGUUCCUUCUUUUGCAGCAAAAUUAAGAAUGUUGAUGAUUGCAGAGAUAUGAAGAAUAAAUUUGAAUAUUUUCCAAACUGGUAUUGUGCUGAUGUUCCAUAUUGUUAA